UCAGAGUUCCAGAAGCUAAGUUGGAAAAAGUUUUACCGAGUGAAAUGGAUGAGGGCUUUUGUAUUAAGCCACGAGGCGGUGGCUAUGUUGGUGGCGGUGGGACUAAGUGUGGGCGGUGGAAUCCAACCUCAGAACAAGUGAAAGUUCUUACUGACCUCUUUAGGUCUGGCCUCCGAACCCCUAGCACCGACCAGAUCCAAAAGAUAUCGUCCCAGUUAAGCUUCUAUGGUAAGAUCGAGAGCAAGAAUGUCUUCUACUGGUUUCAAAACCACAAGGCUAGAGAAAGACAGAAGCGUCGCAGAGUUUCAAUUGAUGAACAAAAAGAAAAUCACUAUCAAGGAAAGAAUUCUUCUUCUAUAACACAUUUUGCGGAGAUAAAUCAGAUUUCAGAGCCUGAGAGGGUGAUAGAGACUUUGCAGUUGUUUCCGUUGAACUCAUUCGGUACUGAAUCAGAGGCAGAGAAGCAGCUGAGAUUCUUCGCAAACGACUGCAAAGGGACUGCGUCGUUUUCGUACGGGAUGGGAGCAGAGAUGGACCAUCCAACCCUGGAUCUUCGUUUAAGCUAGCUCCUUGUAAAGAAAUCUCCUAAUUAAUUAUCUCCAGCUGGGACUUCUGUCACGGUUUAACCACAUGUUUAGCUAGCUAGGUUCUGGAUGAAUAUUGUAACAUGGCAUUUGGAGAAGGCAAGGUUAAGUAGCACGCAUGCAUAUGAAAUUUGUUGCAGGACGGAAACAAGAAAAUUGUGUGGCUUGAAAGUUUUA